AUUUUUUGUAUUAUCAAAGUUGUAAAUAAAAUGAAAUGAAAAUGUAUUAUAUAUAGAAGAAGAUUAAAUAUAUUAAUAAUUUAUAAAAAAAUCAUUCAUUAGCCAAAAAAGAAGAAAAUGGGUGAUCAUCACCAAAUAUGUAGCGGACGGGAACUGCAGACAGUCUUCUGAUUUUCUCACAAAAAGACAAAAAAAAUCUGAAUUGCAUAUAGAUCUCCUGCCAAGUGAAUAUUAAAAACAAAAAAAAGGCUAAAUGGCGUUUCAAAAGCAGUUCUCCCGCAAGUAUAGAAGACGUGACUUUCCCUCACUCUCCCAUUCAUAACCUAAGAAAAAAAAAGUAGAGUAAAAGUAAGUUAAUGCGUUUCUCUAGAUCAAGCGAGAGAAAAAGUUUACUCUGAAUUUUAAUUUAAGUUUUCCACCAAUUUUCACCUUUUUAUUCCGACACUUUUAAUUUGAUUAAUGCCAGUCACACCCAAUAUUUACAAAAUUAAAUGAUCAUAGUCGCAUCUGUUCAAUAUAUUUCAAAUUUCUUUAAGAUGAAUUGAACACAUCUCACCACUCCAGUGAUCCAGACACAAAAUUUAAAAUGAAUCUACUGUUUAACGAUUGUGAUCCAUAUUUAUUUGAAGUCUUUUUAACACCGUAUAGAUUCGCAAAAUAGUGAAUGAAGGAAUCAUUUUCUCGUGUUAAUUUAUUUACAAGGGCAAGUCGAGACAUUGUAGACCUCUUUAGAUUCAUAUGGACGUACAUGCCUACAGAGUAAUAAACAAAUAAAAAAACAUUUUCAUUACCUAGUAAAAAUUUUAGUUGCCUUUUUAUACUAGAGUAUUCAUUAAAUUUACUUAAACAAUAAAGACUUCUCAUUAAAUAAAACUGUAUCUCUUAUAUACUAAAGCGCAAGUCGCUUGACAAAUCAGAUUCUGACACGUGAAAAUUUAAAAAAAAAAUUAAAAAAUACAAAAAGAAAGCAAAACAUGUUUUUGUUCAUCAAAAUAUGGAAGUUUCAAAAUAACUCAAAUAACCAACCUUUUUCUAAAUUCCUCAUACACGGAUGAAUCAUGUGAAACAAUUAUCUUUUUUUUAUCAACUAUGUAAAGCAAUUAUCCAUGUGUCAGUAUAUUUUUUUCAGCAUAAUGUAGUCCGAUUAUUAUAGAAAACAUAGUUAGUUUAUAAUUUUUCUUUACAUCUCCUAUUUUUCUAGAGUCUAAAUAUAAACUAAGAAUUUCUUUAUCCCUAAUAUACUAAAGUAAAGUCACUUGACAAAUCAUAUUUUAAUGAAUGGUUAUUAUUUUAAUUUUUAAAGCUACAAAAUUAUAUUUAAAAUAAAACAAAAAAUAUAAAUAUAAAAAGUAAAGGGUUAGUUUACAAAAAAAAAAAAGUAAAGGGUAAAUCGUAAACACGAUCUCAAGAACUAAAUCACGUGUAAGUUACAAAAAAAAAAAGAACUAAAUCACGUGUAAGUUUUCAAUUUAUUGUAAAAAAUAUUUACUAAAUUCAAAUAUUGCUCAGCUAUCUCUCUCCAACUGUUUUUCUUACCCGCAUCUCCACCACGAUCACUGGUUUUAUCACCAAUCGCCAGAUACCUUUUUUCAUAAUGUAUAUUUGUCUUCUUAUUGAUCUACUUGAGAAAAAACAAACUUUAUGUACUACUCAAAUCUACAAAUCAAGUGUUGGUAUUCAACGUUUCUCUUCUUCGAGGCAAAAAAUAACAACUUAUUUUCUUAUUUUUCUUAUUCAAUCUAUAUUUGAUCUCACUCUUUUUAUACUCUGUAUAUGAAGACUAUCUCGCUCACAUACAAGGUCGGCGUCGGAAAACUCAGGAUUGUAUCUCUUUUCUUCAAAUCCGAAAAUCUCAAAUACAGAAGGCAAAAUGAAAUAUAUAAAUUUUUUUUGUAACGUACAUUUUGCAUCCAACAAAAAAAGGGAAGAAGAAGACUAAAGACAAACUUGCUUUAACAAGAAUAUCUUGGGCCGAUAGAUAAUCAAGCAAAAGAAAAUUUCAAACCACGUACAAAACUAAACGAAAGAGCGUUCUCUGCAACAAACGGGGUACAAGAGAAGAACCACACAUAAUCUAAAACCAAGUGGUAUACUUAGUUCUUCUCUGAUUCCCUUUUUUCUAUGUUACUCUUUAAGAACUCUAUUUUGUUUUUUGUAACUUUUACAUGCUUGAAGAAAUACCUAUCAUUCUACUGGCGGAAAUGAUGGGAGGCAACUUUGCUUCCAUAUGUACGUCCUCUUUUCAAAAAAUCAUAAUAAUUGUUUAAAUGCUUCAAUUUUUUUGUUUGGCUGUAGCCAUUUCUAAUUUGAGAUUCUAGGUAUCCAGCUCCAAAAUAUGCAAUCUUUACUUUGAUAAAACAAACGUAAAUACAUUACGGGUUUAUGAGAAAAUCAUUUAGAGAAGCAAACAAAAUUUUAUCCGUGCGUAUGCACGGGCUAAUACUAGUCAUCUCAUAAGACGGAAAACAUAUUCACUUGCCUGUUUUGCUUCGUCUAUAUUAAAAAUAGGGUCCAUUCAAAUAUCACUUCCAAUAAAAUCCUAAAAAUCUCAUAAUAAGAAGAUACAGAGAGAAGGUUACAACACAAUGGAGGAUUCAAGCACAAGAAGCCAAAAGAAGAAGACGAAGCUUCAAAGAGACAACAAAAAAAACAUUUAUCCAAAGAACAAGAAAAAGAACUUCCCAACUGUUUGGUUCUCUCUCAAGAAAUCUCUCCACUGUAAAUCCGAACUAUCUGAUGUCCACGACCUCAAAUCUACAAAACACCUCACCACAAUCUCCACCAAGAGAAUCUCCGGCGUCACCUCCGCCGGCGGAUGUGGGGGAGGUUUAUCGGGAUGUUCGAGAUCGAUAGCGAAUCUCAAAGACGUAAUACAUGGAAGCAAACGGCAUUUCGAGAAACCGCCGAUAAGUGGUAGUCCACGUUCUAUUGGAAGCAACGAGUUUCUCAAUCCCAUGACUCACGAAGUCAUCCUCAGUAGCUCCACUUGCGAGAUUAAGAUCACCGGCGUCGGAGACAUGGCUUCACCCGCCGGAGCAACGGAAUCCGGCGGAGGAGGAAAUAAACGGUCCACGACUUUUGUUGGGAUGCUGAGGCCGGGAACGCCGAUGAAUUAUCUGAACCAUUCGCCUUCUUACAGAAGCCAAGCGUCGCCAACGACGGCAAGAAAGGGCUCGGAGAGAGACGGAAGAGGAGGAGGAAGGGUAGAAGGGUUAGGGUUUCACACAAAGAGGAGAGUUUCUUUGGAGAUUAACAGAGACUCCGCCACUAACGGUGGCAGAUCCUCGGUUUCAUGCAAUAAAUGUGGUGAACAUUUCAAUAUACUUGAACCUGCGGAAGCUCAUCAUUUCUCAAAACACGCAGUGACAGAGCUCGUUGAAGGCGAUUCAUCAAGAAAAAUCGUGGAGAUAAUCUGUAGAACGAGCUGGUUAAAGUCCGAAAAUCAAUGUGGGAAAAUCGACCGAGUCAUGAAAGUGCACAACAUGCAGAAAACAAUUGCAAGAUUCGAGGAAUACGGAGAGACGGCGAAGAUCAGAGCUAGCAAGCUCCAGAAAAAGCAUCCCAGAUGUCUCGCCGACGGCAACGAGCUGCUCAGGUUCCACGGCACCACCGUCGCUUGCGGUUUAGGGAUAAACGGAACGACGAGUGUCUGCACGGCAGAAAAAUGCUGCGUCUGCCGGAUUAUACGGAACGGAUUCUCGGCUAAACGGGAGAAGAAUAACAAUGGGGUUGGUGUCUUCACGGCGUCCACGAGCGGGAGAGCGUUUGAGUCGGUUUUGAACAACGAGGGAGAUGUUGAUCGGACGGUGAGGAAAGUGUUGAUUGUGUGUAGGGUUGUGGCUGGGAGAGUUCAUCGACCGGUGGAGAAUGUGGAGGAGAUGAAUGGGUUGAUGAUGAGUGGGUUUGAUUCUUUGGCUGGGAAAGUUGGGUUGUAUACAAAUGUCGAGGAGCUUUAUUUGCUUAAUCCGAGAGCUUUGCUUCCUUGCUUUGUGAUUAUCUGCAAACCCUAAACAGGUUUUAGCUUUUUUGUUUUGUUUUGUUUUGGGAAGAGUGAACUUUUAUUAUAUGCUGAUAGAACGAUAUGCAGGUUCACCCCUUGCGGCGAAUGGUUAAAUUCACUUCACUCUUUGUAAUCUAUGAAAGUGUCAUAUAAGAAUAGUUAAAAAACAAUAAAAUUAAAAAAGAAUUGUUGAAAAAACCUUAAAUUCUAAACCAUACACCAUAAGCCAUAAUCCUAAAUCCUAAAUUAUAAACACUAAAUUCUAAACCAUGAACACUAUACCAAAAACCUUAAACUUUAAACCCUAAACCCAUCACUUGUUUAGGGUUCGGGUUUAUGGUUUGGGUUUCGAAUUUAUGAUUUAGAGUUUAGGGUUUAAUAUUUAGAGUUUUGAGUUUAGGGUUUAGGAUUUAGAGUUUAGGGUUUGAGAUUUAAGAUUUAGGGUUUAGAUUUUAAGAUUUAGGAUUUUAUAGUUUAGAGUUUUGGGUUUAGGGUUUUGGCUUUAGGGUUUAGAUUUCAAGAUUUAGGAUUUAUUGUUUAGAGUUUUAGGUUUAGAGUUUAGAUUUUAGAUUUUAGGAUUAGACAUUAUGGUUUAGAGUUUUGGGUUUUGGGUUUAUGAUUUUAGACUUUAAGUUUUUAGAGAUUAGAGUUUUCCAGACGGUGUUAAUGUCGGUUUUGUGUUUUUUCAGCUAGUUAUCUUUUUUUUAUUAUUGCUUUUUUUAAUUAAUCAUACAUGGCAAUUUAGUUGGUGAUAAAAAGUGGGGUGAAUUUGACCAUUCACCAUAGGAGGUGAACCUAAGUAUUGUUCUUUGUUUGAAUGUUCAAUAUGAAAAGACAAUUUGUGUGUUUAUUGAUAGCACAAUACGAGCACAAAAUAGUUUGGGAUACAGAUUGAGUGCAAGAUAAAGAAAAUUUUGAAAUACUAGUUUUAAGAAUAGGAACAGACCGGUGUGCCAAUCAGACAAUUUAUUUUUGGGUACAGAAGAAGCAAAAAAGGCUUGAAGGGUUAUAUGGCCACUCAUAAAGCUCAUCAUUGGUUUUGUCUUGGAUUAACGGGAUACCGAGUCCUUCACCUGAAAAGAAGCAGGGAAAAAUUCAACAAACACCAUGCUAGCAUUACAAAAGGCCAUAAACUGAAAUGAGAUUUUUUUAAUGUUUGGCACGCAAACAACAUUAUUCAGAGAUAAGUUUCUUGUAGCUGAGGGCAGAGAAAUGGAACCAGUGUGGGUUAUGGCAAGACCAGACCCAUCACCAAUCAGAACCGAGUCAUCUCAAUCGACAUGUUGUGAAGAUCACUUGUUAGGUGAUGUGUUGCCCCUGAAUCCAUGAGCCACGCUGUUGAUGAACGUUGAGCCGAUACUGCAAGGUUGGCUCUCGGUUGCCAGGGGCGGAAAGGAGAUGAGCUGACGUUGGUGUAUUGCUGCUGAGGCAUAUGUGGCAUCUGUGGGCACCGUCUAGCACUAGGACCAAAAACACUGCAAAUUUGGCAGCGAUCUUGUAUCCUUUCGAUGGCUUAUACUCGUGUUUCUGUGAGUGAAACUGGUUCGGCUUAUUGUUGGUGUUGUUCCAGCUGGAGUUGUUUCCUCGCAGCUGAUGUUGCUUUGAGCGAGUGGUGGCAAUGUUUUCCGUUACUGGAACCGAGUUGACAGCAGGAGUGGAGACUGCCAUUAUCUUGGCUUCCUUAUUGAUCAGUUUCUCGUGAUCACAAUGAUUGAUGGAGUGUUAUCUCUGCCUUCAAUCUGUUCAGCAAAAAUUUUGUAUUCCUCAGGUAGGCUACCAAUGACAUAUUCUAUCGUGUCUUCAUGAUCCAUAGGUUUCUCAAGCAGAGCUAGUUGAUCAAACGGCUAGUUAAGCCUCUCAUACUCAUCAAUGCUCUUGUUGCCUUUGGUGAAGUUUUUGAGUUGUAGACAGAGCUGCUGAAUAUGGCCACGACUUGGGCUUGCAUAGGUUGAACUGAGAGACUUCCAAACUUCAUGAGACGUCUUGGUGUUGGUGAAAAGCGAUUGUAUGGAUGGAGAUAAGAUGCUGAUGAGACCAAUGUAUAUAAGACGAUUCUGACGCCUCCACUUUGUGAACUCCAGAUUCACCAAGAUUGUCGACGGUUAUUGUUUGAUCUGGUGCUGGUAUUGAUCCAUCGACGUAUCCAGCGAGGUCGUACCCGUCGAGUAGAGCAUGAACUUGGAGACUCCAAGUCAUUGUAAUGGUGGAGGUGAGUUUGUUGACAUUGAUCAUGUUUACAUUAAGAAGGGGUUGGGUGGUAUCGACUUGAUCAAUGUUUGUAGCCAUGGCGAUUUAGAGAAAAGAAGGGAAGAAAAAUAUGGUGGCGAUAAAAAAAAAGGGGUUUAUGCUCUUGAUACCGUGUUAUCUUGUUAAGCUAGAUAGACUUCCAACCUAAAACCAAUUGAUAGUAAGUGGAGCGACUCUUCUAUCUUAUGUAUUGUUUAGGAUUCCUUCCAACUACCGAUGUGAAAGACUUAGUCUCUAAUACGCCCCUCGAGAUGAUGGUUAUUUGAGCGUCAACCUAGGAAUGUUCGGGUAAGGAUCGAUGGGCCAACUUUAGGUCAAGAUCGAUGUGGAUCAGAUUGGAUUGUUUGGAUCAGAUUAGAUUGUUUGGAUCGAGCUCUGAUACACUGUUAAGAAUAUAUUUGAUAUAUUUCUUUAGAAUGUACAAUAGGAGUUAUAUAUACAAAGUAUGUAUGGCAGCCAUUGGCUAUACAUUCCUAAAACAGAGGGAUCGAUAUCAUAGAAGAUCUUCUAUAGAGAUACGUGAUAUCUCUUACAAGAACCAGAUAAUUUUUUUUUUUUUUUGAAAAGAAGACGAAAACACGUCAUUCACCAACACCGUGAUGAGAGUAUGAGAGCGCUGGAAGCAGAGGAGGAGAGGUCACCACAAUGAACAGAAGUGCUUAUCGGCGACGACUCACUUCGGCGGAUUGUCGAGAAUUGGAUUGAAUAUCUUUUAGAAAUUCGGCUUAGGAAUUGCGAUUUGAGGGUACGUAGAAACGCGCACAGUAAACCUAAAAUGUUCUUCAGAAAUAGUUUUUUUUUUAUUAGAAAUAGUUUUUUUUCUUUGUAAGCAAACCCGUCUCAAUUUUAAAAUGUGCCAUGUGCUAUAAUAUAAUUUUUUUUGAUAAUCCAGGGUUCCCCGCUUCGCGGGUCAUUCCCUGGGCCCGGUCAGGCAGCGGGCCAGCUUCACCCGGGAGGUUUUUCCCUGAGCCCGAAGGCCCAGUACCCACUUUAGUGACAGGGAUGAGCAGUUCGCCUCCGGCUGGCGUCGAACCCGGAAGCAUGACAAUUGGCCCCCAAGGCUCUAACCAGUAGAGCUGACUCAUCCCGUCUGCUAUAAUAUAAUUUGAGACUCAUUUCCUCAUACAAAACUACCUUCAAAACAAUUAGGUUCUAAUGUAAACUUAAAAAACCCAAAAAUUACAACGGAUCCUGUGCAAAUGUGCCUUCAACACAUGUUUAGGGCCGGACUUGUUUGUAAGUAUUGUUUAAAGUUUGUUUUAGUUGCUAAAUCAGACAGCGGUGAUGCUUAUAUGCUUCUUAUUUUAUUAACAAGAAUAGCACAUACUGUAUUCUGUAAGAAACUAAAUAUUGACACUUCAUGUGUCAUACACCGUUACUUACACAUGCACACCGGACUAUUGAUUUUUGAGCAAUUUUCUGAAAGAGCUUACUUUUAACUAUUUCUUCCAAACAUACGUAGUAUUACUAUUUAAGUUUUCAAAUAGUAUAUAUUGAAUAUGAAAAAAAAUUCUUAACGUGGAAAAUCUAUAGCCUAAAUUGGAAAGAGGAAAUCAAACAUAAUAUAAAUUUUAUUUGUAGUUUACGUUGUGUAAAAUAUAUUUUCAUACAUAUAAUAAUUUGUGAUUUAUUAGAGAUUUUAAACUUGUGUGCUAAUUUUAAACAAAACCUAAAAGUAUGUUGUUUUAUUGUAUUUUUUUAUUCAUUUUUAAUUAAUCUUUCCAUGAAUGAAAAUAAAAUUUUCAGCUAAAUUUAUAAUUGCAUAAUAUAUAUUUAACAAAUUUCUAUUUAUUUGUGAAAAUUGAUUUAAUCUUUCACGACUAUGUUACUUUCUAAAUACAAGUUUAAGUUACUAACUUGAUUUUUUGUUAAAAUAUACAAUUUCUUACAAACAUUACAUUUUUUAGGAAAAUAAAAAUAGAAAUCAAGCAUCUAUCUAUACUAUUAUUUUAUUUGUGAAGUAAAUUUGCUUAUGUCAUGUUCCCCAUGAUUUUAGAAUGAAUCAUUAAUUUAAUUAAAUAAUUUUAGUUAAACUGAUUUUAAUUCGUUGAUAUCUAAUGUAUAAUUAUAUAAUUUAUAAAAUUUAUUUAAAAAAUAAUGGAAAAUGUGUUUGGAAAAAAA